GAUCUAAUCUCACUCGGAAGUAGAAGAAGAGGAAGCAGGAGAAGAUGAUGUUUCCUCUCUGGUGUUGUGGUACGGUCAAGUUGUGUUUUUGUUAAAGUAAAUUCAAUGUUAUAAGUUUGAUUCGUUUGUGAACAAUCGGUGGAUACGAAGUCAAAGAACGCACAAACACACACACACACGCUCACCCACGACAUAGCGAAGGUUUGUCGUGUGCGCGGUAGUUAGUUUUGUGCUCCCCUACCGGCAGUUACUAGUUGUUGCGCGAGAAACGCGCUAAGCUUGCUGGGGCGUGCGAGUGCCCAGUGCUGUGUGUUUUUGCUACUCUUCAACCACAAAAAAAAAACAGUCAACCACUCCACGCGCCAAACAGCUACAGGGUACUAGUCUCUGCUAUCAACUCCUCGGUGCAGCUCGUUCUCAAUCAACCGGACACUGAUAGUGGUGGACAAUCGCACACGGUCGCCCUUUCCCGAAACCUGGUGCAUGUCCGGUAGGCAAAGACCGACCGACCGGCCCGUCACUAUGGCAUCGAACGGAAGCGCGAUUCGCAGCACUGAUCGCUUCGUGACUGAUCGAGGUUGUGCCAUCUAGUGUCGGAAUACUCCAUCUCUGUCUCUCUCUCUACAUUCACUUCCCGUCACGCUGGGAAGAAAGAAAAACCACAUAAGGGAAAAACCUACGAAAAACUCCUCCUGCAACCUCACACUAACGUUCCGGAAGGUACGCUGCAGCACGCUUAAACGACGACGCUCUCAACGCUGCCGGCAGUAUGGAAGAAACAGAAAUUCAUGCAGCAGUGUCGAGCGUUAAGCGCAGUGGCAGCAUGUCCAACCUGAGCGACAUAUCCGGCAACACCGCCAUCAUGGUUUCCGGUGGCAGUUCGCACGCCGGCGGCCAUGGCCGACCCCGCAUGGACAUUGCGGUCGUGAUCGACUGCGAGAAGAGCGCGAACCUGAGCCACCGGAAGGCCGCCCUGGAGGAGGUGCGGCAAGCCUGCGCACAGGUCGGUGCCAAUCUGCAGCUGCUGCAGUUCGAGGUGCUCGACUACGGCGAUCGGAACACGCUCGAAAACUUCUACAAUGCGGACGUCGUCGUGGUGGAUCUCAGCGUCCAAACGCAACGGAGCACGCUCUGCUAUCAUCUCGGUGUGCGCGAACACUUUGAGAUGAACGAGAACAUCGUCAUCUACAACGACACGCAGCACGAGGCAACGCUGCGGAUGAAGAUCUCCUGCGGCAACUAUCAGUUUAUCUCGUACCGUUUGCACGACAACGGUAACGUCAUCAUUACCAGCCCGCUGAAGGCAACCGCUGACGAGCAGGCGGGACAAUCUCAACUGCUGCAAGCGCUGCUCCAACAACAGCAGCAGCAGCAGCAGCAGCAGCAGCAGCAGCAGCAGCAGCAGCAGCAGCAGCAACAGCAGCCGCACAUGACAACGCUGGUCGCUGCCCUGCGCCGGCUGUUUCAGGAUGUGGAAAUCCAGUCGAAGGCACAUUUGCGCGAAAAGUUUCUGGCCGAUUUGCGUAGCCUGCGCGAUCAGCACGCGGGCAAUGUGGAGGAGUUGCAGCGGAUGUUGCGCAAUAUGCGCAAGCGGCUAGACGACCCGAACGUACUGUCGAAGGAGAUCGUGCAGACGUACAUGCUGUCGUUGCGCGACGUGCAGGACUACGACGCGAUGGUACAGCUGGUGGAUGAUCUGCAAACGAUACCGAACAAGCAGAACUACAUCAACACCGGCCAUAUGCAUUAUCUGUACGCGUUCGCGCUGAACCGACGGAACCACGAAGGUGAUCGGGAGCGGGCGUUGCGCACCUGCACGAAGGCGCUCGAAAAGAAGGAAAACCACUUCCCGGACAUGCUGUGCCUGUACGGGCGCAUCUACAAGGACAUCUUUGUCGAGUCGAACCACACGGACAAGGAAAGCCUGAAGAACGCCAUCAUCUGGUACCGGAAAUCGUUCGAGGUGCAGCCGAACGAGUUCGCGGGCAUCAAUCUCGCGACGCUGCUCGUGAUCGACGGGAAGGAUUUCACCGACAACGAGCUGCAGCACAUCGGCAUGAAGCUGAACAAUCUGAUCGGCAAGAAGGGUUCGCUGUCGCAGAUCAAGGACUACUGGAACGUGGCGACAUUUUUCGAAAUUUCGGUCCUGGCCGAAAACUACGCAAAAGCGAUCCAGGCGGCCGAGUGUAUGUUUAAGCUGCGCCCCCCGAAAUGGUACCUGAAGUCGACGAUCGGCAACAUUAAGCUGAUCGAUCAGGCCCGCAAGCGGACGGACGACGCGACCGCGAUGAGCAUCGAGCAGCAGAUCUUUCAGUUUUGGAUGGAAUUUUUCCUCGAGGCGACGCGCAAAGAGCCGUCCAGCAACGUGCGCUUCCCGAUACUGAUUCUCGAGCCGCAAAAGAUCUACAUGCCCAGCUACGUUGCGAUACACAUGGAUGCGGAGCAGAAGUCGAUCGACAUUACCAACAUCUGUCAGCAGCACGCGAAGGGCACCUGUCUCAAGCUGCACGACUUUAACUUUCUCGCGAGCCAAAUCAAAUCGGUCAGCCUGUACAAGCGGGAUGAGCGGUGCGCGUACCUGUACGUACAUCACAACUCGGACGACUUUCAGAUAUUUUUCCCCUCGGUACAGUGUCGGCAGACGUUCUACGAUCUGAUACUGCAGAUGACGGCCGACCAGGGGUCGGGCUUUAUCGAUCUUUCGUCGGCGGAAACGUCGGCGGAUGAGCUGAAGUACGAGUACGAGCUGGACGACGAGGGGCAGCGCAUACUGCUCGGGAAGGGUACGUACGGGGCGGUGUAUGCGGCCCGCGAUCUUACCACGCAGGUGAAGAUCGCCGUGAAGGAGGUGUACGAACGGAACACGCACGACGUCCAGCCGCUGCACGAAGAGAUCAAGCUCCAUUCGCAACUGCGCCACCGCAACAUCGUCCAGUACUGGGGCUCCAAGUCCGAGAACCAGUACUUCAAGAUCUUCAUGGAGCAGGUCCCGGGUGGAUCGCUAUCGGCGCUGCUCAGCUCCAAGUGGGGACCGCUCAAGGACAACGAGGCAACGAUCGCGUUCUACUCGCGCCAGAUCCUCGAGGGGCUAAAGUACCUGCACGACCAGAAAAUUGUGCACCGCGACAUCAAGGGUGGCAAUGUGCUGGUCAACACGUACAGCGGUGUGGUGAAAAUAUCCGACUUCGGUACCUCCAAACGGUUGGCCGGCAUCAACCCGGCGACGGAAACGUUCACCGGCACGCUCCAGUACAUGGCGCCGGAAGUUAUCGACCAGGGUGUCCGGGGGUACGGUCCGGCAGCCGACAUCUGGUCGUUCGGGUGUACCGUGGUCGAGAUGGCGACCGGGAAGCCACCGUUCGUCGAGCUCGGCAGCCCCCAGGCGGCCAUGUUUAAGGUGGGCUUCUACAAGACGCAUCCCCAAAUCCCGGAGGAACUGUCCACGGUGGCGAAAAAUUUCAUCCUCCGCUGCUUCGAGGUGAACGUGGACACGCGUGCAACGGCAGCCGAACUGCUGGAAGAUCCUUUCAUUUGCGAGAAGCACAAAAAGAUGCGGCCAUCGUUUAGCAGCACCAGCACGAUCAGUCCCGCCGCCGGUUGCGAAUAUUCACGCAGCGUUAGCAUGCCAGCCGAUCGACACAAUGGCAAAACGCUUACGUCCCAGCAGAGUUCGGUCAGCUGCAACACACCCACCUUCAGUUCCGAAACAGAUCCCGCGUCGAUUUCGCCCAUGAGCACUACGAUCGGCGGCCAUACGGCCGCUAGUCGGUCGAUGACGGAGCGGAAAAACAAAAGUUCGUUCCAGCUAACACCGAUCAAGAUGCCGAAGGCGCCCAACACUGUUAACAGCAUCGGGAAUAUAGCAGAAACACCUUCGCUAGAGUUGGAUACCGCCGAACAGACAUCGACCGUGUUUCAGCUGAACCGGCGCAGCUCAUCCGGGGGUUUACUGUCACCGGAGAUCGAUAUAACGGCGGCGACGGCAAGCAAGCUGCCGCUAGCGGGUGAAGCGAACGAAAGCGAUGGGUUCUACCUGCUGAAGAAAGACUCCCAGCGACGCCAAACGCUGGACAGGGUGCUCUGGCACGACGCGACCAAGAUCUGCGAGAAGUGGCUUACGAAGAUCGAGCCGGGCGGCAACCAGGAGCUGGCCAUCACCCGGGACCAUCUGGAAAUGUUGCUGAACGGGUUGCGCAAGUACAUUGCCGAGCAGCGUACCGACACGCUCGAGCAGGCGAUUGCCGCGCUCAAGGAGCAGCCCAACUUUAACGACACCGCCAUCCUGCACCUGCAUCUGGCGCUGUACGCGUUUCAAAACACCGUCAACGAGGUACUGCGCUCGCACAACAUCAAACCGCACUGGAUCUUUGCGCUGGAUAAUCUAGUCAAUGCUGCCGUACACGCGAGCAUCACGAUCCUAUCGCCGAAGCUGGGCGCCAAUCUGGCCGGCAACGCACCGAACGAUGACGAGUACGAGGAGGAGAGCAAUGGUAUUGCGGUACCGGCUGCUCGCACAACCGUGCUGGUGAACGGGCGUCCACCGGGUGCCACCGUUCACCAUGGGCGUGACGAACGGGAUGGUAUGAUGGGACCGGCCGGGUACGAUUGUGGUGAGUACGAUGUUUACGAUCUACCGGAACCGGACGACGAAACCAUCGACGAGCUGGAGGAGCAUCUGACAUCCGGCCACGGUACGAUCAGCAGUACCGCACGGUCGAAUAAACCGCGCGCCCGUAGCCACGGUGCGGACACCUGCACACCGGUGCAGAAGCGAACGCGCUGGAAAGCGAUCUGCGAGCAGGUGGAAGCACUGAAGGCGGAAAAUCUAAGACUGAAGGAGUACCUGCUGGAAUCUCAACAAUCGUACCAGCGCGCGUUCCGGGCGGUGCUGGAGAGUGGCGCGUUUAACCGGUGUCUCACCGAUCAGCUGGUCGCGCUGAUGGAACGCUGUCUGCACGAAAACAGCACACCGCAGGAUGGGGGUGAGGGGGGUGUGGAUGGUACCAGGCGGCGGACGCAUCACCGGAAUCGGGUGCCACCGGUUGUCAACCACGUACAGCACGUGCCCGAAGAGAACGUGGAGGAGAAGGAGGAGGAGGCUGAGAAGGAGGAGCAGGAGGAGGAAGAGGACGAUGGGUCGAUUGGCGAUCGGCGGUUAGCGGAAUGGUUGCAGGCGCAAGGCAUCAAGCGAAUCGAAAGCCAGCAGCGAAUUUUGCGCGAAGGCUUCCUGUAUGAUGACUUCCUGUACGAGCUGGAACGUGACGAUCUGCGCCGUUUGGGUUUGAAGAUUGGCGAAGAACUUCGCAUUUGGAAUGCGCUGAAGAAGCACCGCCGGCUGCAUCCACCAAGCAAGCGGACACCGCACUCGGGAGACGAUACGGUUCGACAUUGGCUUCACAACAACUGCGUGAAUGACGAUCACACCGCUGGGAUCGAUACGCGAUAAGAUGCGAUUGCGCUCUACGCCAUAUCACAAGUGUCCUUUAAAUUUUUGGUCGACAAACACCACAAAUAUCUAAAAUGCAACCUGUGAUGCGAUAAAAUGUCCAAAUUUGAAGAAAAACAGCUGCAACAACCUCUACUCCACCAGACAGGGAGAGUCCUCAGAGUCGACAAAAUGGCAGCGGAAAACAAAAUGUCAUCACGAAUGGGGGGGGUUAGCCUAGUCGCCCCCGAAGUUUGGAAUAAAAAAAUCUGUACAGAGUUCAUAGUUCAACGGAACACGAUUCAACUCGUAAAAAGGAAGCAAUACACGCAAACAAAGCAUAAUGACAAUAGCUAUAGGUAUUAGUGAUUGGAAGGCAGCUUGAUGGCAGCAGUGUUUUGCAGCACGCACAAAAACACAAACGAUCGCUACAUUUCGAAACAACUACAACACACGCAUAAAAAACGAACCUGUGGUAAUGUUUGUAAAAAAAAACAUUUGGAUAAAAUAAAUGCCAAGUGACCGAUAUGAGACAAUGAUUGUCUCGUUCGCAAAGCGAGCAUCCCACAACU